AAGGGCAGGCGAGUCAUGGCGCGCGCGCUGUGCAGCAACGCAGCAGCCGCAGAGCAGUGAUCAGAUACGGCACAUGGCGGAGGCCGAGUCGGACGACUCUCGCCACCGUGCCAAGGUGUACUGCCUCAACAGCAACGGCCAGUGGGACGAUCGGGGGACCGGCCACGCGGCAGUGCAAUACUCGCCGGAGGACGAGGCGGCCUUUGUCGUCGUCGUCAGCGAGGAUGACGGCAGCCAGGUGCUGCUGCAGGCGCGGGUGCACAUGGAGGACAUCUACCAGCGGCAGCAAGAGACGAUUGUCUCCUGGAACGAGCCAGAGACGGGCGUGGACUACGCGCUGAGCUUUCAAGACGCGGAGGGUUGCACGGACCUCUGGGAGCAAAUCUGCUCGCUGCAGGGCCGUGAGCCGGACGGCGCGGGCGGCACGAGCGACGCCGAAGGGGCGAGCAGCACGGCGGGCAGCGCCGGCGCCGACACAGCGCUGCAGCUGCCGGCUGCCGAGCUGCGCAAUGUCGCAGCAAUCGCCGACCUUCUAAGCGAGGUGCCGCCGUUCCGGCGAGCGCGCCUCGUUGAGUUGCUGCUGCAGUCGGACUACGUGCCGCAGCUGGUGCGCGUCUUCGGCGUGGCCGAGGACCUCGAGUGCACCGACGAUCUGCAUCACCUCUACGGCGUCUUCAAGGGCCUCGUCCUGCUCAACGACGCUAGCCUCUACGAGCAGCUCCUGCGAGAGGACCUCGUGAUGAGCGUCUUCGGCGCACUCGAGUACGACCCCGACCUGCACGUCGCCCGCGCCGAGCACCGCGCCUUCUUCCGCAGCCAGCAGCGCUUCAAGCAGGUCGUGCCAAUCACGGACGAGGACGUGCUCAAGCGCAUCCACCAGAACUACCACCUCAGCUUCCUCAAGGAUGUCGUCCUGCCGCGCUCGCUCGACGACAACGCCUUUGCCGCCCUCAAUCAGAUCGCCUUCAGCAACAACAUGCAGAUCGUCUCGUCGCUCGCAAACGACGAGACCUUCCUGCAGUCGCUCCGCGACAAGCUCGCCGACCCCAGCCUCUCCUCCGAGGCGCUGCACGACGCGCUGCGGCUCCUGCAGGAGCUGACGACCAUCGCCAAGCAGCUGCAGCUGUACAACCGCUCGACCUUCUACCGGAAGUUUGUCGAGCACGCGUGCUUCGCGCCGCUCGCCGCGGCGCUGCGGCGGCCCGAGCCCGAGAUACGGCUCUCGCCGCCCUCGCCACCCACCCCUUCGCCCACCCCACCCCGAACGACCACCCCGAACGACCACCCCGCGCCCGCCCGCCGCAAGGUGCUGCUCGCCUCGACGCAGCACGAGCCGGCGCUGCUGCGCACUUGCAUCCUCUCGCAGCGGCCCGGCUACGAGCUCUGCCACGCGCUGAUUGGCGUGCUCGUCUCGCCGGGCGGCACUGGCGAGAAGCCGCAGGCCUCGGAGGUGCUGCGCGCGCUGCUCGACCCAGACGCGAUGGAGGGGCGCGAACGCGACGAGUUCCUCAACCUGUUCUACGACGAGUUCGUGGACAAGAUUGCGCAGCCCGUCGCCGGCAAGGUGUCCGCCGGCACGGGGCCGCUCAACGGGCCGACGAAUGGGACGUCGGGUGCGCGCGGCGGCGAGGGAGGGGCGGGGAGCGCGGAGGGGGACGACCCGGCGGAGGAGGCGGCGGGCGACGUGCUCUCGGCGCGGCAGCACGUGUGCGAGCUGCUGUGCUUCUUUGUGACGCGGCACACGUACCGAAUCAAGUACUUCAUCCUGCGCAACAACGUGCUCUGCCGCGUGCUGCGGCUGGCAAAGGUACGCGACAAGGGGCUCGUGCUGGCGGCGAUCCGGUUCUUCCGCACGUGCAUCGGGCUGAAGGACGAGUUCUACAACCGGUACAUCGUCAAGAACCGCUGCUUCGAGCCGGUGGUCGCGCAGCUGCUCGCCAACCUCGGCCGUGACAACCUGGUCCACUCGGCCAUCCUCGAGCUGCUUGAGUUUGUGCGGCGCGAGAAUGUGCGCUCGCUCGUAGCCCACCUGGCCGACGCGUACGGCGAGCGGUUCCGGACGCUCAAGCACGUUGAGGUCUUUGAGGGGCUGCUGCGGCGCGACGCGCAAAACAACGACCCCGGCGCGAUCGGCCCCGCCAAAGGGCCGGCGGCGGGCGGGCCGGGCGCGUCGAGCUGCGCGGUGGGCGCGCCGCCGGGCGGGCGGCGCGUCUUCGGGGGAGACGAGGAGGACGCGUACUUCAACGAGAGCGACGACGAGGAGGAGGCCGAGCCGUCCGCCGACGCGGUCGACGACCGCCAGUUCGUCCCGCGGCCGGUCCACGCCGCCGCCGAUGACCGAAUGGAGCGCGGCGCGUUUUCGCACGAGGCGCCGCCGCCGCGGCUCGUCCCGGGCGGCAGCCUGGCGCCGCGGCUGCCGGCGGUGCUCGAGAUUGCGAGGAGAGGCGGCGCUUCGUCGCCGCCGCUCGUGCCGCCCGUCGGCUCGCCGCCGAACCGCUCGCCGCCGCAGCUGUCAUCUGCGCCCCCGCUGGGGUCGCCGCCCGCGGCCAGCCCGGCCGUCGGCCCGCCGCUGCCGCCAGCCGUGCCGCCGCACGAGCGGCCGUGCGCCGCGGCCGGCACGGCGUCGCUCGUCCCCGCCUACGCCGACGAGGACGGCGCCGACGCGGAGCGGCCGGCCGACGCCGAGGUUCUGGCGAGGAAACGGCAGCGGCUCGACCCCUCGCCGGCGGAGGGGGAGCAGCAGCAGCAGCAGCAGCAGCAGCAGCAGCAGCAGCAGCAGCAGCAGUAGCGGCAGCAGUAGCAGCAGGGCGGGGCCGUCUGCCGAGGACGUUUUGUGCGAGGUCAUGCCCGCACCAGUCACCGGCGGGGUUUGCCGAGCGGUGUUGCGGCGUGCCGCGCCGGUCGCUCCAGCGCGGCCUCCACUGCACGGGGGACGGGGGCCUGUCUACGAGUCACCCCCGGUCAUCAAGCCUUGAGUGAACCUCUCGCGUUUCCCUCGGAGUGGGCGGUGGGUAUUUUCUGCACACUCUGCAAACAUCGGGCCCCUGGGGUAGGGGCCCCACAGCGCCCCAAAACCCACCAGUGUGUGCUGUGUGGAGUGUGGGAUUUCGCGCAAUCGCUUGACGACUUGACUCUG